CAAAUUAGUUUGCAAUUGAGUACAUUUCACUAUCUUACAACUAUGUUGCAAAUAAGAUACAUGGUUUUCGUGAAGCAAACUACUCACAAGGUUGCUGAAAACUCUUCGACAGCCCACGACCGGUUUCGCCUUUCUUGGGGCUCAUCAGCAGCUAAGAUCUUAGGGAGUGCUUCCAGAAAGAAAACUACCCAUAAGGAUGCUGAAAACUCUUCGACGGUCCACAGCUGGAUUCGCCCUUCUUUAGGCACAUCACGUAAGCGCCGUCCCCAAGUUUCCAUUAAUCUCAUGUUCUACUUGAACCCGAAUCGCUCGAGAAUCACCAAAUAUCCCCACGGAAGGCUCACCAGAAUCCCAGCUGAAGAAUAUCAUAAACAAUAG